AAUAAGCUGUUUUUACAGCAACGCGAGAUUGUGCUGAUCUCUCCGACGAGAGGGCCUAGAUGAAACUGUUAUUUAUGUUGACUGUCGGACACACUGGAUGCGGGUAUCUGUUUCCUAACGGUGUCAGUCACCGGAUUAUUCUGUUAAAAGCCAUUUGUUGAACAUCGACUACGAAUGCUCGGCUAUGUGUUGUUGUCGAUUUGACGUGAAGAGGCUUGAAGGAGGCAAGUCCAUGACACCAUGAGUACUCCAGCCCUGCACAGGAAAAUCUGGUUGCAUUCAGCAGCCGGAGGCAAACCCAUCUCUAUUUUCCACCCACUUCUCUUCCUGUUGAUGCUAUGGAAGGACGAGCAUAAUGAAUAGAUACACUACCAUCAGACAGCUCGGGGAUGGCACCUACGGCUCAGUCAUCCUCGGCCGCAGUCUGGAGUCAGGAGAGCUAGUUGCCAUAAAGAAAAUGAAAAGAAAAUUCUACUCCUGGGAAGAAUGCAUGAACCUUCGUGAAGUCAAGUCCUUAAAGAAACUCAACCACGCUAAUGUGAUCAAACUUAAGGAGGUCAUUCGAGAAAAUGAUCACUUGUACUUCAUAUUUGAAUACAUGAAGGAGAAUUUAUACCAGCUAAUGAAAGACAGGACUCGUUUGUUUCCUGAAUCUGCUGUAAGAAAUAUUAUGUUUCAGAUACUACAGGGGCUCGCAUUCAUUCACAAACACGGGUUUUUUCACAGGGACAUGAAACCUGAGAAUCUUCUGUGUAUGGGCCCAGAGCUGGUGAAAAUAGCUGACUUUGGACUUGCCCGUGAAAUCAGAUCUCGGCCACCAUACACAGAUUAUGUCUCAACUAGAUGGUACAGAGCCCCAGAGGUGCUCCUCAGAUCUACAUCCUACAGUUCACCCAUAGACCAGUGGGCAGUUGGCUGCAUCAUGGCAGAGCUUUAUACCCUCAGGCCUCUUUUCCCUGGCUCCAGUGAAGUAGACACCAUAUUCAAGAUUUGCCAAGUCUUGGGUACACCAAAGAAGAAUGAUUGGCCGGAGGGAUUCCUGCUGGCGAGUGCUAUGAAUUUCCGUUGGCCUCAGUGUGUUCCAAGUAAUCUGAAGACACUGAUCCCGAAUGCCAGUCCUGAAGCCAUCCAUCUGAUGACAGACCUGCUACAGUGGGAUCCCAAGAAGAGACCAGCUUCUGCUCAGGCUCUCAGGUACUCGUACUUCCACGUGGGCCAGGCUUUGGGCACUCCUCAGCAGAUCCUGGAGCAGGGCAGGCCUCACCCAGGUCUUGUGCCACUGCAGGCUCCUUUACAGUCGCAACAGAUGCUGCAGCAGCAACCCCUGCUGCUUAAGCCUGUGCCCCCCUCCCAGCCUCCACCUCCCAACCAACACUGCUCCCCCUCCAGGCCUCUCCAGCAGAUCCAGCCCUCCCCUGUAUCAGCAGCUGCCCAGGCGGCAGUGUACCAACGGCACACGGAGCUGGUGCGAGAACAGCAACCAAAGCACAUCCUGAAGCAGGAACAGACCGAAGGAACGCCACAUCUUCCUUACAUUGUUGACAAGAGUCUCCAGAGCAAGCAAACGAGACAGGAGUCUGAAAAUUCCAACCUACUGAGCUAUCAGAUGAAACCUAAAGGAGGGCGGCGGCGUUGGGGCCACGGCACAGGACACCUUAAGGGUGAAGACUGGGACGACUACGAAGAAACUGAUCUGACGUCCAUAAGUAUUCUUGGGAAAAGUAACUUCUCCGCAGAGAAGUCGAGGCAGGGGGAGGAGGCACUGAGCAGAUAUGGAAAUGUUCUGGAUUUCAGUCGACCCAACGGAAAGGAACACGCACCUUUGAACCUGAACAAGACUGCGGCCUACCAAGAGCCAUCAAGAACCGCUUCUGCCAAACAACAUUACUUGAGGCAGUCAAGAUAUUUACCUGGUAUUAGUACAAAGAAGAACGUGGCCAUAAAUGCCAGCAAAGACUUCCCUGGAAGCCAUCUUUGGGGCAACAGCAGUAUUCCAUUUGGAGGAACUCUGCCGAGCAGAGGCGCUCAUGGUACAAAUACAAUCCCUGGUGGAUACAUGCCUUCAUUUUACAAAAAAGACCUUGGUUCUGCUGGUCACAGAGGGCAUCAGGGUCCUUCACUGGAAUCAACAGCAUCAAAUUAUGCAACAUGGCAGUCUGGCCGGAGUCAGAUGAGCACAUCUACCAACACGCCGUUGGUCAACAAGAGCACCCCUGGUCUGCUGCCUCGCCCACCGGUACAGACCAUCCACGGGCGAAUAGACUGGUCUGCCAAAUAUGGACACCGCUAGUGCCCUCCCUGGAGCCGUGAUCGGCGCUCCUAAGAACUCUUUCACCUCCAAAGAGUAGGCCUAGUUGUUUUAUAACACAAAUCUGUACAUACAUUUUACACAGCAAUAAUUUUGUUUGUCAGUAUGUGUACUAUGGAUGUUGUGAGUUGUAAAAUAUCUUAAGUGUGUAACUUAAAUGCAAGUGGCCAAAAUCUGAGCCCAGAUUUGCUCUUCAGUGUUUUAUUUUGUAUUUCUGUAACAUAACUGCUGUCCUGCAGAGGUUACACCUGUACCUUCAUUUUGUAUCAGAUGUAUCAUUGAAUGUUGCUCACCAACCUGCAUAUUAUAAAUUCAUGAAAACUUCACUGUGACUUGUUACUAAUUACUUUGCCUCUGUACAGUGCAGUCAUUUUUUUUAUUCUUGCUGUUUGUUUUAUGUUUGUUUUAUGAUGGUAACUUUUAUUUGUGCAUUGUGUUUUUUUUUAAUGAAAAUCAAGGCAGUGCUUUAAUUUCAGUAAAAGUACUGCAAUGUAAGUGGUUGUCAUGGUGUAUAAAUGUCUUUUAGAAGUCAACACGUUCUACCCCCUCGGCCAAAUUGAGUGUGAUCAUUGCCAGUUAUUGAGUAUAAUUAAACCUUUGACUUGGUACAGAUAUGUUCAA